AAGAAGCACCGAUGCAGCAGUCGCAGUUGCCUCAUUUCAUCUCCGAGCUUCAUGGCUGCAGGAUGGACUCUCAUCAGCAUCAUCAGCAGCAUCUUUUCUUCCUGCUGCCACCAGGGACUGUUCAGCGACCAUCACACCCGGCGGGAACUGAAGCUUUUCUACGAUGCAACAACUUCCACCUGCGGACAUGGUAGUGUACAACGGUACUGUUAAUGUAAGUCCAGCUGUGAGGGCUCCUAGCGUCCCUCUCUAGAGACAGCCGUGGAGAGGUUGGAGGUCCCUCGCACACCAAUGUCUCUCACCCCAAGUCGAAAGCCCUCCUCAGGUCAGCGCAGGCGCUCAGUGGGAACGAGUGGGGGCAGCGGGCGAUACAGUGACACGUCCAGCACCAACACCUACCCUGGUCGGGGUCGGGCAGUAGAAGGCAGCCCCACAGCCCGGACAUAUCCUAGUACACCCAGGCGUCAGGCAAAGCAUACAGCUUGCAGCAACAACCAUGGGAUCAGGCCCCCUACUCCGGAGCAGUACCUUACACCCCUGCAACAGAAGGAGGUGUGUAUACGACAUCUGCGAGCCAGACUGAGAGACAACGUGGAAAGACUACAACACAGGGACUGUGAAAUAGAUGAGUUGAGGGCCCAACUGUACAGGAUGCAGGAAGACUGGAUAGAAGAGGAAUGCCACCGUGUGGAGGCCCAGUUAGCCCUGAAAGAGGCCCGCAAAGAGAUCCAGCACCUCCAGGAGGUGGUUGAGUCAGUGAGGUCCACCCCAAGUGUUCGGGAACAAGACCCCCAUGACCACAAGCCAUACUCAGGGUUGCAGGGACCUCGGCCAGGGGGGAAGUCUCGUUCUUGUGGUUGUUCUCCAGCCAGCACUUUGAGCCGCGGCACCACCUACACCCGGCUGAGCAGCGAGGCUCUGCAGCUGGAGUGUAGCUCAAAUGCGCCUGAGCCAAGCGGAGCGUCUCGCCCAGCGGGGCAAACCCACCUGCUCCUGGAGGCGGCCCUCCUAUCAGAGCAGGUGCCACCACAGGGCCACACCAGAGGCCCCCCGACUGUGCCCCGUUCCUCUACCUAUGAAAGGCUGUGCAGCGGGGGGACUGUGCUGCCAAUCUCACACUCCUGCCACACUCUCAGUAGCAGCUGCAGGUACGGUGGACACACCUACCUCCCCCAUCAUCACUUGUUCCUGCACUUACCUCAGGAGGAGGCCCCGAUAUCAGCGGCGACCACUGCUGUCCCUGCCACUGAGCCGAUCCCUACCCCUGCUCCUGCAGCAGAGAAGAAGCCAGAGGUCCGCUCCCAGGCCUGCAGCCCGACUAUGACCUGGCUGUGUGAGGAGAGUGGUGUCGAAGAGCUGAGUGUCAUUUCUUUACCAACGGCGGACAUCACCCCCUCAGAACCACAUCUGUUUCCAUCAUCUUUACCUCCUGUGUCGCCUCCUGAGCACUCAUACAGCUUAGAGACUCUACCACCUGACAAGUCAGAGCAUAUAGCAAAGAGGCCAGCGGAGCCCCACACCUGCCAGCCCCAUCGUACAUCUCCACUUCCAAUGAUGCAGGAAGCUACAGUACUGGAGACAGAAGAGGACAAUAUGGAGGAAAGUGAAGGAGCAAACGAAGACGGGUAUUCCCCUCCGCUGUGCCACUGGAGCCGGUACUUCCUUGUAGAUCUUUUGGCUUUGGCAGUGCCGGUGGUCCCGACCAUGGCGUGGCUGUGUCGCGGGUCACCAGGGGACGUGGUGCCCGUGUACCAUAUUGGGUCCCUGCUGAGAGGUUGCUGUGCUGUGGCCCUCCACUCGCUUCGCCGCCAGGGUGCGGGCAGGGGACAAGAGCCUACCAGCAUGAACGGAACAACACCAAUCUGAUACUUUUCUUCUCUCUCGGACAUUUAGAAAACAGCUCCCAACCUGUGCAGGCACAGCCUCAGAAAUGCUGACUUUGCUUCAGAUUCGAUUCGAUUUUGUUCAUCGCCAUGUGUUGGGUUUCCCCACUAAUAAGAUUUUUAGAUUUUACAUAAUGCCCUUGUGAUUUUGUGGUCAUGACUUGCCUUUGAGAACAAAGGAUGAGUUGUACAUUAAAUAUUCUCAUUACUCAAAUAUACUUACUGCUUCUGCUUGCAGUUUAAGUUGUUUUCAUUAUAUUGCAAUUUGCAUGUAACCCGCAGUUGGGUUGGAUUCUCUUGCUUGAAUUAAAACACCU